UUUUCUUUUCGAGAAGGUGAACGUAUCUUCGUCGUAACGUGCCCUUCGUGAAAAUGGAAACCCGACGUCGAGCUGAAAAUGGAAGUUCAUUGGUCAGAGCCGCGCAAGAAUCGAGCCUAAUGUCCGUAUGGUCAACAAGCACUGGACGCAAUUCAGUGUUUGGCGCGGAGGGUGGAGCGGUACUCCCCUCCUCGCAUUUGCCGAUCCACGUACACGUGGCUCGCACACAUCUGCGCAACGCUGACGGCCACUGCUUCCACAAGCGGUUCCACGACUGUCAGCACCCAUUGGUUUUUGUCCUACACGGGACUUUUGGCAAGUUCUCCCAUUGGCACCAACGUUGCCAUCUACUUUCGUCAAAGAUGUCGCAGUCGGGAGAUGGCCUUCACACGCCGGGUUAUCUCUCUUGGAGAAAACUCCAGCUCAGCCGAGCGAAGCUUAAAGCGUCGAGCAAGACGUCUGCUCUACUUUCCGGUUUUGCCAUGGUCGCUAUGGUAGAAGUACAAUUGAACUCCGAUACUAAAGUUCCUUCCGAGAUGUUAAUCGCCUUCGCCGUGUGCACAACACUGCUGGUAGCAGUACAUAUGCUGGCUCUAAUGAUAUCCACGUGUAUCCUGCCGAACAUAGAGGCUGUUUGCAAUCUCCAUAGCAUAAGUUUGGUACACGAGUCGCCGCACGAACGUUUACACUGGUACAUAGAAGUGGCCUGGGCGUUUUCCACUUUACUAGGACUCCUUUUGUUUUUAUUGGAGAUAGCCAUACUGUGCUGGGUGAAGUUUUACGACUUCUCCCAAGUGGCUGCCUGGUCGGCGUGCAUCGUCUUGAUACCGGUGCUUAUCAUCUUCCUCGCAUUCGCGAUACACUUUUAUCGAAGCCUGGUCGCUCACAAGUACGAAGUCACCGUAUCUGGAAUAAGGGAACUGGAGUUACUUAAAGAACAGAUCGAAUCGACCGACGUCGAGGGUAGAAACGGUGUGAAUCUGUUACAGUCUACCGGUGUAACGCACGUGGUUUGAACCUCUCCGAGCGUUGUAGGUCUGAGUUAAUUUUUAAAUGUGAUAAUCUUUUUUUUUUUCGGAAGAGUAUUGAGACGGGGCUGAAUACUUCAUUGGAAGGAGAAAGUGAAAGAGAAGAACGUAUAUCAAGAACUAUGUCAGAAAAGUGAAUCUCCCGUGUGCGGAUUUCAAUCUGGGAAGAAAGACAUUGUUUAUUUCGUUCCUUGCGUUACUUCAGUCCGCGUGCAUUAUAUCGUUGAAACACAUCUAUAUUCUUCCAGAAAAUCAACACAAUCCAUUAUCUCUCAUGUUCACAUAUAUUACAGUAAAUCCUGUAGUUACCGACAAGUAAUGUUCGACGAAAUGUCUGCGUAUAAACGUGAAACAUUCCCAUUCUCGCGUAGCGACUUAAUGUGUAAACACAACAGUUUAACGUUCGGUGUAAUUAAUUUAUAGCUCGUUACGGUGACAGCUAUAGAUGGACGUUUAUAUUUUUCUUGAAUACGCGUGACUAGACCGCGCAGAAUGUACUUAUCUCGUUUAAAAAUGUCCCGUGUUUCGUGUACCGUUAUUCUUCUUUGUUUUUUUUUUCUUUUCUAUUUAUCUCAUGUAACAUAUUCUAUGCUCAAGCGAUUUGUCAAAGUUUUUUAUACGAAAUAAUUAUAUUGCCUCUCUUGCGUUCGUACUUGGUCGUCGAGUUACUGCCGGUAUUGAAUAAAUGAUAAAUUGUACAUAAUUAAAUGCGAACGUACAUACACGCUUUAAUAUAUACACAAAAGCUAAGGCGGUUUUGCCGAAAUAAAAUAUACAAUACCUAGAUUCAUA